AUGGCCGCUCCAGCAGGUCGCACUUUGUUUAAAAAGAAGGAUGGAAUCCUCACCUUAACGGGUGACUACCAAAUUGUCACAUGGACUCCAAAUAGUGGUGGGCCCCCGACAAUUUCUUUACCAGUGUCCAACAUUACGAAUCUUCAGCAGACCCCAGAAACGGCUGCCAAGGUUAUGUUAAAGAUUUUCGAAAAGGCAGACAAUGGAGCCGACCCUGCAACGUACCUCUUCCACUUUAACACAUCGGAAGCAAAGGCCGAAGCAAAGGCUAUCAAGGAUGUUCUGUCCAAGAUCCUGGCUGAUAUGAGGAGCAAUGAUGCCGGCGUGCCUCGUCCAAAUGUUGCCACGCCGACCGCUGGAGAUGCCUCUACUCCUGCCGCUGCUGGCAGUGGGUCGGCAGCCAUGGCAUUUGCAAGCGCAGUAAACUCUCAGGCUUCGGCAUCAACGAGGUGGUUCGAUGACAAUCAGCUAAAAAACGACAUAGAGCUGCAACAGUCGCUGAUGAAGAAAGACAAAAGUCUUCACCAAACGUACGUGGAGGCCAUCACCACAAAACCAGAGUCGAUAUCUGGCGCGGCAUUCAACUCACAAUUUUGGUCUACGCGCACGAACUUACUCAGAGCCCAUGCUAUUGAAAUAAAUCAGAAAAAGGGGGCGUAUAACGUCCUCUCGACAGUCAAACCACGAACCGUUGAUGGAGAGUUGAAACUAAAUAUCAGUGUCGAGCAAGUUCAGAUGAUAUUUGCACAGCAUCCGCUGGUUAAACGAAUCUAUAACGAGAACGUCCCAAAGCUUUCGGAAGCGGAUUUUUGGUCCCGGUUUUUUCUUAGUCGUAUGUCGAAGAAACUCAGAGGGGAGCGGAUAACCGACAAUGAUGCUCAAGAUCCCCUGUUCGACAAGUAUGAUGUGACUGAAAAUACCGAAGGCGUUCAAAGCAAAAUCAUGGCCCAAAGUGUCCCCCAUAUCAUUGAUCUAGAAGGAAACGAGUCAAACCAGGGAGGCUUCAAGGGUGGUAAUGCCAAAGAUGUCGAGAUGAGGCCCAGGGCAAACAUACCUAUCGUGAAGACUUUGAAUAGUCUUAGCGAGAAGAUCAUGGCUAAUGUCGCGCCUUCCGACGUGUAUGAUGACAACGGUAGCGGGGAACGGGAUGAGUUCAAUGAGCUGGCACUUCGAGACUUGCGUGGCAAUACAGCGGAGCAUCGCAUCAUGCUCAACGUGAAGGAGCAAAACAGGUUCUUUCAAAAACAAGACUCCGCACCAUCAGAGAAUGCUCGUGUGUUUGCGACACAAAAACCAAAGGAGGUCUUGUCCAAGAUUAGGAACUCGUUGCGGAAAUUUGAAACAGACUCUAGCGGCGGAGCCAGUUUACAGGCUGCCAUUGCAUUUGAAGACGAAAGCGACAGUGACGAGGAGAGCCAGAAACAUAUACAAGUCAGCUCCAGGGCUGCCAUCAAAGUCGCGGGAAAGGAGGUCAUGGAGGGUGUUCUUCAACAGCGAGCACAAAAGUAUGGCCACAGCACAGACGCAACGUCUCCCAUGGGGCUACCCCCUCCCAUGACAGAAAAGUGCACCCUCACGCACGCGACAAGCAUUGAAUUUCUUCACCAGUUCUGGACUGCGUUUCUCUCGGGGGACCCCGAUCGUGCAGCUGAGCUGCAAUAUCUGGCUGAAUCUCUGAAACGAUCAUCCGCCCGCAUCUCCGCUGUUGCAGAGGAGGCUGACAAGGAGCGGGAGAGCGUCAUUCGCCAGCGUAAACAAGAGAUUCGCAACCACUUUGAACGUACGGGGAAGAAAAUCAGGUGGAAGUCUGAUAUGGUCGGUGGUGGGCGAGACGCUGUUCUCAAACUGAUGCAGCCGGUGCUUGAUGCUCUAGACAAGGCACAAGCUGAAUACUCUAGAGCUCUAGCGGCUGAGGGAAUUCAAAUAUCGACCGAAGGCUAA